AUGAACAAAAAAGUAAUCUCGUGGGCACCCGGUAUACCAUACAUAAAACAACUUAAUCCUCAAAUUAAAAAAAUAUUUAGUAAUGAAAAUGUUAAGAUUGCUAAUAAAAAUAUAAAACCUAUUAAUAAACUCUAUUCUAAAUUAAAAGAUCAAACAUCAAAUCUAAAUAAAUCAAAUAUCGUAUAUUCAAUUCCAUGCAAUAAUUGUGAUAAAAUAUACAUAGGCCAAACUAAACAAAAUUUAAAAAAUAGAAUUUCUGGACACAAAAGUGACAUCAGAUUAGAAAAAGACUCAUCAGCUAUUAGUGAACAUUCUUAUAUAACAGGACACAAUAUAAAUUUCAAUGAAGCUAAAAUUUUACACCAACAUUAA